UACAAAGAGAGGUUUAACCAACGAACGUUAACCUGAUGGAUCAUAAAAUUCUUCUAAAAUUCUAUGAUACUGCAGAAGUCUAGAAGUUGAGGAUGAUAGUGAACAUUACCUUUCUGUAGGUAUGCUUUGUAUCUUACAUCGUCGUUAUUGGGGAUUUUAAUUAAAUAAUUAGAUCAUGGCAAAUUCAGCUUUGGUGUCUGUCGUGCCACCUCUGUUUGAAAGAAUUCUCUCCAUUUUCCCCCGACAGUACAUCAGAUUUUGCUUUGCCUAUGGCUCAGGGGUGUUCAGGCAAGGUGGUGUGUCAAUGGGCAAGCCGAUGAUCGAUUUGAUUUUCUGUGUCAACAACAGCGUAGGGUUUCACAAGGAGAACAUCGCCACGAAUCCGAGUCAUUAUUCAGCGCUCAAGCACUUAGGGCCGUAUUGUAUCUCUUUUAUUCAAGAAAAACUACCUGCCAAUGUUUAUUUCAACACUCUGGUACCGUUGAAGGAAGUAGAUGUUGUCAUUAAAUAUGGUGUCGUGCUCGAAUCCGAUCUCAUCAACGAUCUUCUCGAUUGGAAUUCGCUCUAUCUCUCCGGGCGUAUGCACAAACCGAUCAAGAUACUUGAAAAACCAGGUGACGAGUUGGACAUGCCGCUGAGGCAGAAUCUAUUCAGCGCGCUGCAUACUGCAUUCCUCCUCCUUCCUGAAGUUUUCAGCGAGAGGGAGCUUUACCACACCAUCGCUGACUUUUCUUACAGGGGAGAUUUCCGAAUGCGUUUCGGCGAGGACAAAAACAAAAUCAACAACAUACUUGACAAACAGCUUCUAAAGUUUAGAAAAUUAUACAAGCCUUAUUUGAAAACGCUGACCGACUAUGUUGAUUUACCUGCCGAAGAUGAGGUGGACAAACCUAUGAUGCAGGACAUGUCAACUGCGACGAGGAUUUACCAUCUGUUCCAACUUCCGACAUUGCCGCAGAAAGAAUUGGUCAAGUACUGGCGGGCGCACGGAGGAAGACGGAGAGGAGAUGCGGAAGACGUUCUGCAGGAUCUUGCUGUUACUACUAAGUUAAGCAAGAUGCUGGAGCACUGCCUGUCGAAAAUAGUUUUAAAAUCUAGUAUACAGCAGAGUCUCAAAGGAAUCCUUACUGCUGGAAUAUUCAAAUCCAUACAGUAUAGCAACAAAAAGAUAGAUAAAAUGAAAAAAUCAAGGGUCCAGGCUCAGACUUAAAUAAUCUAGUCUUCAUUUUAAAACCAAUAUCUGUGAUUUUAUAUAAUGUAAAAUAGUUCAAAUAAAAACAAGAAAUUGUUCAUUUUAA